GUUUUACAAGCUGCACGAACGGAAAUGUGAGCCCAUUGUCAUGACCGUACCCCGAAAAUCGGACCUCUUCCAGGACGACCUCUACCCGGACACUCCGGGCCCAGAGCCGGCCCUGGAGGCAGAUGAAUGGCUGGCGGGGAAAGACGCGGAGCCCCUGCUGGUCUCCCUGCGGGACGGCUACGUCCCCCUCAAGAACCGGGAGCUCAAAGUCAGUAAGAAGAAUGUCCUGGACAGCAAGCCCCCGCCCGGUUCACGCAGGGGCCUCUCCAGCUGCGACUCCAAUUUUUCU